UGGUUAUCCGAUCAUCGACCAGCAAGAACGCUCAAGAUGUUUCAACUGGUAGUUUUCCUCACUGCCUGCUGCUUCGUGGCAACUGUCCAUGCUGCUGCUGCUAACUGCAAGUCGGGCCCUUUCAGCGCCGCAGUGAGCCUUGGUGGACCCGGUGGAAGUGGAGUAUAUAAGCUGAUGCAAUCGACGUUCCCGCAAGAGGAACAGUGUGUGUACAUCGGACCACCUCAAACAACACCCACCAAGGAGAGUCCUGCAACUUAUUAUUGGGGGUGGAAAAAGGACAACAAGUGGGAAAAAAGGACAGGGACUGUGUAUCCAGACGGCGCAAGCAUUAUGGACCACGAUGACGUAUAUGGCAACACGAACACCACAUUGGUUUACACCGAGAAAGGGAAAUGCGAUGUUACACUUUUCCAUGGACAGAGCAAUAAACUCGAGGGUGGACCAUUUGUCGAAUUGUGGCAGCACACCGAAGCGGAAGGCGGCAGCAAUGAAGUCGAGUGCUGCCAAAAGCAUUUCAAAGAGGAACUUACACGGCAGGGGAAAACGCUCACUGAUGCGACGAACCGGAGCAACGGUUGCGAUCCGUACCCCGAGUUGAAAUAGAACUGUCAUCAAACCGUCUGCACCGACAGGCAAAAAUAAAGAUGCUGCAUUUGAAA